CGGGGGGGUGGAGGGAGAGGGGUUGAGUCAAGAUGGCGGCCAAGGUGGCGAAGCAGCAGCGGCGGCGGCGGCGGCGGCUGGAGUGAGCUCCCGGCUCGCCGCGCCGAGCGAGGUCCCGGGGUAGGGACGCGCGCCGGGGCCGCGUCCUGCUCCGCAGGCCCGGGGGCGCGCCGGCUACCACGCUCCGCCAGCUCCCGGUGGUUUCCUAGAAACAUGAUUGUUUGUUGGACUUGAUCUCACAGCCUGGUGAGGACUUCUUUACUGAUAAUGUCAAGUUCAGGUUAUCCUCCCAACCAAGGAGCAUUCAGCACAGAACAAAGUCGUUAUCCUCCUCACUCUGUUCAGUACACGUUUCCCAGCACGCGUCACCAGCAGGAAUUUGCAGUCCCUGAUUAUCGUUCUUCUCACCUUGAAGUCAGCCAGGCGUCACAGCUCUUGCAGCAACAGCAGCAGCAGCAGCUUCGCAGACGACCUUCCUUGCUCUCAGAAUUUCACCCAGGUUCUGACAGGCCUCAAGAAAGGAGAACUGGAUAUGAACAGUUUCACCCAGGGCCAUCCCCAGUGGAUCAUGAUUCACUGGAAUCCAAGCGGCCACGUCUGGAACAGGUUUCUGAUUCCCAUUUCCAGCGUGUCAGUGCUGCGGUCUUACCUUUAGUGCACACGCUGCCAGAAGGGUUGAGGUCUUCUGCAGAUGCUAAGAAGGAUCCAGCAUUUGGAGGCAAACAUGAAGCUCCAUCCUCUCCAAUCUCUGGGCAACCUUGUGGAGAUGAUCAGAAUGCUUCACCUUCAAAACUUUCAAAGGAAGAGUUAAUACAGAGUAUGGAUCGUGUAGACAGAGAAAUUGCAAAAGUAGAACAGCAGAUCCUCAAACUGAAGAAGAAACAACAACAGCUCGAAGAAGAAGCCGCUAAGCCUCCUGAGCCUGAGAAGCCUGUGUCCCCUCCUCCCGUGGAGCAGAAACACCGCAGUAUUGUCCAAAUUAUUUAUGAUGAGAAUCGGAAAAAAGCAGAAGAGGCUCAUAAAAUAUUUGAAGGUCUUGGCCCAAAAGUGGAACUGCCACUCUAUAACCAGCCAUCAGAUACCAAGGUGUAUCAUGAGAACAUCAAGACUGGAGUACCUGCAAGGCGCAUGAUGAAAAACCAGGUGAUGAGGAAAAAACUCAUUUUAUUUUUUAAAAGAAGAAAUCAUGCAAGAAAACAAAGGGAACAAAAAAUCUGCCAACGUUAUGAUCAGCUCAUGGAGGCAUGGGAGAAAAAAGUGGACAGAAUAGAAAAUAAUCCCCGGAGAAAAGCUAAAGAAAGCAAAACAAGGGAGUACUAUGAAAAGCAGUUUCCAGAAAUUCGAAAACAAAGAGAACAACAAGAAAGGUUUCAGCGAGUUGGGCAGAGGGGAGCUGGUCUUUCAGCCACGAUUGCUAGGAGCGAGCAUGAGAUUUCUGAAAUUAUUGAUGGGCUCUCUGAGCAGGAGAAUAAUGAGAAACAAAUGCGGCAACUCUCUGUGAUCCCACCUAUGAUGUUUGAUGCAGAACAGAGACGAGUCAAGUUCAUCAACAUGAAUGGACUCAUGGAAGAUCCUAUGAAAGUUUAUAAAGAUAGGCAGUUUAUGAAUGUUUGGACUGACCACGAGAAGGAGAUCUUUAAGGACAAGUUUAUCCAGCAUCCAAAAAACUUUGGACUAAUUGCAUCCUACUUGGAAAGAAAGAGUGUUCCUGAUUGUGUUUUAUAUUACUACUUAACCAAGAAAAAUGAGAAUUAUAAAGCCCUAGUAAGAAGGAAUUACGGAAAACGCAGAGGAAGAAACCAGCAGCAAAUUGCCCGACCCUCACAAGAAGAAAAAGUAGAAGAAAAAGAAGAAGAUAAAGCAGAAAAAACAGAAAAAAAAGAAGAGGAAAAGAAAGACGAAGAAGAGAAAGAUGACAAGGAGGACUCUAAAGAAAAUACCAAGGAAAAGGACAAGACAGAAGGUGCAACCGAAGAAACGGAGGAGAGAGAGCAGGCCACACCCCGGGGGCGAAAGACCGCCAACAGUCAGGGCCGCAGAAAGGGCCGGAUCACCAGGUCCAUGACCAACGAAGCCGCGGCUGCCAGUGCUGCGGCCGCUGCCGCCACUGAGGAGCCCCCACCGCCUCUGCCACCGCCACCAGAACCCAUUUCCACAGAACCUGUAGAAACCUCUCGAUGGACAGAAGAAGAAAUGGAAGUUGCAAAGAAAGGUCUUGUAGAACAUGGUCGUAACUGGGCAGCAAUUGCCAAAAUGGUGGGAACUAAAAGUGAAGCGCAAUGUAAAAACUUCUAUUUUAACUACAAAAGGCGACACAAUCUGGACAACCUUCUGCAGCAGCAUAAGCAGAAAACUUCACGAAAGCCUCGUGAAGAGCGAGAUGUGUCUCAGUGUGAAAGUGUAGCUUCCACUGUUUCUGCUCAGGAGGAUGAAGAUAUUGAAGCUUCUAAUGAAGAAGAAAAUCCAGAAGACAGUGAAGGUGCUGAAAAUAGUUCUGAUACAGAAAGUGCUCCUUCUCCUUCACCAGUUGAAGCUGUCAAGCCCGGAGAAGAUAGCACUGAAAAUGCGUCUUCUCGAGGGAACACGGAGCCUGUGGCCGAGCUCGGGUCCACCUCCGAGCCUGCGCCCAGUGCGUCUCCCUCCUCGGCAGUGCCAAGUACGAAGCCCGUCGAAAAUGAAAGCGCGGAGACCCAGGCGAAUGACAGCAUCACCGUAGAGGCAGCAGAGCCGAUGGACGUUGACCGGCAGGAGCCCAGUGCUGAAGUGACUUCUGUUCUUGACCUCCCCGCGACUACCAGAACGGACUCUGUAGAUGUUGACGUGAGGGUGCCCGAAAACAAUCCGUCGAAAGUCGAAGGCGAUACCAAAGAGAGAGACCUGGAGAGAGCCGGCGAGAAGACAGAGCCUGGCGAUGAAGACUUGGUGGGGGCCCAGCAGAUAGGGGCCCAGAGGCCCGAGCCCCAGUCGGACAAUGAUUCCAGUGCUACGUGCAGUGCCGAUGAAGAUGUAGAUGGAGAGCCCGAGAGGCAGAGAAUGUUUCCCAUGGACUCAAAGCCUUCAUUGUUAAACCCUCCUGGAUCUAUACUGGUCUCAUCCCCAAUAAAACCAAAUCCACUGGACCUGCCACAGCUUCAACAUAGAGCUGCUGUUAUCCCACCGAUGGUUUCCUGUACCCCAUGUAAUAUACCAAUUGGAACCCCAGUGAGCGGCUAUGCCCUGUACCAGCGUCACAUUAAAGCCAUGCAUGAGUCUGCGCUCCUGGAAGAACAGCGACAGAGGCAAGAACAGAUAGAUUUGGAAUGUAGAAGUUCCACAAGUCCGUGUGGCGCCUCCAAGAGUCCAAACAGAGAGUGGGAAGGAAAAUCAGUCGCCUAUAUGCCCUAUGCUGAGGUCACACGUGCCCUAGAACAGGAAGCACAGAUGCACAGUACCGCAGCAAGGUCAGCAUCACCGUGUAGGCUCUCUCCGAGAGAAGUCAGUAAAGCCGCUCCACAGCCUAUGAGUGCAGCCCGCUAUAGUGUCCCGCCAGUCCUGCAGCCUGCUCCACAUCAAGUGAUAACCAAUCUCCCCGAGGCGGUUCGGCUUCCGACAACUCGACCCACGAGGCCACCUCCUCCACUUAUUCCAUCAUCUAAAACCACAGUGGCUUCCGAAAAGCCCUCUUUCAUCCUGGGAGGCUCCAUCUCGCAGGGAACACCUGGCACUUAUUUGACUUCUCAUAAUCAGACUUCCUACACUCAAGAAACAGCUAAGCCCUCAGUGGGUUCUAUCUCUCUUGGAUUGCCACGGCAACAGGAAUCUGCCAAAUCAGCUACUGUGCCCUACAUCAAGCAGGAGGAAUUUUCUCCCCGAAGCCAGAACUCCCAGCCUGAGGGUUUAUUGGUCAGGGCACAACACGAAGGAGUGGUCAGAGGUACUCCAGGAGCCAUUCAAGAAGGAAGUAUAACUCGGGGGACUCCAACCAGCAAAAUUUCCCUGGAAGGCAUCCCAUCCCUGCGGGGCUCCAUCACUCAGGGUACCCCAGCUCUGUCACAGGCUGGCAUACCGGCUGAGGCUCUGGUGAAGGGAUCCAUUUCUAGAAUGCCCAUCGAAGAGAACAGUCCUGAGAAGGGCAGAGAGGAAGCUGCAUCAAAAGGUCAUGUUAUUUAUGAAGGCAAAAGUGGACACAUCUUAUCAUAUGACAAUAUUAAGAAUGCCCGAGAAGGGACAAGGAGUCCAAGAACAGCUCAUGAAAUCAGUUUAAAAAGAAGCUAUGAAUCAGUGGAAGGAAAUAUAAAGCAAGGGUUGUCAAUGAGGGAGUCUCCUGUGUCAGCACCACUAGAGGGGCUGAUAUGCCGAGCAUUACCCAGGGGGAGCCCUCAUUCUGACCUCAAAGAAAGGACUGUGCUGUCUGGUUCCAUAAUGCAGGGCACACCAAGAGCAACCACCGAAAGCUUUGAAGAUGGUCUAAAAUAUCCGAAACAGAUUAAAAGGGAGAGUCCUCCCAUACGAGCAUUUGAAGGCGCCAUUACCAAAGGAAAACCAUAUGAUGGUAUUACCACCAUCAAAGAAAUGGGGCGUUCCAUUCAUGAGAUUCCACGGCAAGAUAUUUUAACUCAGGAAAGCCGUAAAACUCCAGAGGUGGUCCAGAGCACAAGGCCAAUCAUUGAGGGUUCCAUCUCCCAGGGUACACCGAUAAAGUUUGACAGCAACUCAGGUCAAUCCGCCAUCAAACACAACGUCAAGUCUUUAAUCACGGGGCCUAACAAACUACCCCGUGGAAUGCCUCCACUGGAAAUUGUGCCAGAGAACAUCAAAGUGGUAGAACGGGGGAAAUAUGAGGAUGUGAAGGCAGGCGAGCCAGUGCGUUCCCGACAUACAUCGGUGGUAAGCUCUGGCCCCUCAGUUCUUAGGUCAACACUUCAUGAGGCUCCCAAAGCACAACUGAGCCCAGGGAUCUACGACGACAGCAGUGCCCGGCGGACGCCUGUGAGUUAUCAGAGCACCAUGUCCAGAGGCUCGCCUAUGAUGAACAGAACUUCGGAUGUUACCAUCUCUUCUGGCAAGUCUACCAAUCAUGAAAGAAAAUCGACACUGACCCCUACCCAGAGGGAAAGUAUACCGGCGAAGUCUCCGGUGCCUGGGGUGGACCCGGUAGUAAGCCACAGCCCUUUUGAUCCCCAUCACAGGGGCGGCACCACGGGAGAGGUUUAUCGGAGCCAUCUUCCCACGCAUUUGGAUCCCGCCAUGCCGUUUCACAGGGCUCUGGAUCCUGCAGCUGCCGCUUACCUGUUUCAGAGACAGCUCUCACCAACCCCAGCUUACCCGAGUCAGUAUCAGCUUUACGCAAUGGAGAACACGAGACAGACAAUCCUCAAUGAUUACAUUACCUCACAGCAGAUGCAGGUGAACCUGCGCCCAGAUGUGGCCAGAGGCCUCUCCCCACGGGAGCAGCAGCUGGGUCUCCCGUACCCGGCAACGAGGGGAAUCAUUGACCUGACCAAUAUGCCUCCAGCAAUUUUAGUGCCUCAUCCAGGGGGAACAAGUACUCCACCCAUGGACAGAAUCACUUAUAUUCCUGGUACACAGAUUACGUUCCCCCCCAGGCCAUACAACUCUGCUUCUAUGUCUCCAGGACACUCAACACACCUUGCGGCGGCCGCGAGUGCGGAGCGGGAGCGCGAGCGCGAGAAGGAGCGGGAGCGGAUAGCCGCGGCGUCCUCGGACCUCUACCUGCGGUCGGGCUCCGAACAGCCGGGCCGACCUGGCAGCCACGGGUAUGUCCGCUCCCCGUCCCCUUCGGUGAGAGCUCAGGAGCCCAUGUUGCAGCAGAGACCCAGCGUUUUCCAGGGAACCAACGGAACCAGUGUAAUCACACCUUUGGAUCCAAGCGCUCAGCUGCGAAUCAUGCCGCUGCCCGCCGGGGGCCCAUCGAUAAGCCAGGGCCUGCCGGCCUCCCGCUACAGCACCGCUGCGGACGCCUUGGCCGCCCUCGUGGACGCCGCAGCCUCUGCCCCCCAGAUGGAGGUUUCCAAAACGAAAGAGAGUAAGCAUGAAGCUUCCAGGUUAGAAGAAACUUUGAGAAGCAGGUCAGCCGCAGUUAGUGAGCAGCAGCAGCUAGAGCAGAAAAGCCUGGAGGCGGAGAAGAGAUCUGUUCAGUGUCUGUACACCUCGGCCGCCUUUCCAAGUGGCAAGCCCCAGCCUCACUCUUCGGUAGUUUACUCAGAGGCUGGGAAAGAUAAAGGGCCUCCUCCAAAAUCCAGAUAUGAGGAAGAGCUAAGGACCCGAGGGAAGACUACCAUUACCGCAGCUAACUUCAUAGACGUGAUCAUCACCCGGCAAAUUGCCUCGGACAAGGAUGCGAGGGAACGUGGCUCUCAAAGUUCAGACUCUUCUAGUAGCUUAUCUUCUCAUCGGUAUGAAGCGCCUGGCGAUGCUAUUGAGGUGAUCAGCCCUGCCAGCUCGCCAGCGCCACCCCAGGAGAAGCUACAGGCCUAUCAGCCGGAGGUGGUGAAGGCAAACCAAGCAGAAAGUGAAGCCAGCAGACCAUACGAAGGACCAUUACAUCACUACCGACCCCAGCAGGAAUCCCUGUCUCCACAGCAGCAGCUGCCCCCCUCUUCACAGGCCGACGGGGUGGGGCAAGUGCCCAGGACCCACCGACUGAUCACACUCGCUGAUCACAUCUGUCAAAUCAUCACACAAGAUUUUGCUAGAAAUCAAGUUUCCUCACAGCCUCCCCAGCAGCCUCCCACUUCUACAUUCCAAAAUUCACCAUCUGCUUUGGUGUCCACACCUGUGAGGACUAAAACAUCAAAUCGUUACAGCCCAGAAUCCCAGUCUCAGUCUGUCCACCAUCAAAGACCAGGUCCAAGGGUCUCUCCAGAAAAUCUUGUGGACAAAUCCAGGGGAAGGCCUGGAAAAUCCCCAGAGAGGAGUCACGUCUCUUCUGAGUCCUACGAGCCCAUCUCCCCACCCCAGGUUCCAGUCGUGCAUGAGAAACAGGACAGUGUACUGCUCCUGUCUCAGAGAGGGGCGGAGCCUGCAGAGCAGAGGAAUGAUUCCCGCUCGCCAGGGAGUAUAAGCUACUUGCCUUCCUUCUUCACCAAGCUCGAAAACACGUCACCCAUGGUUAAAUCAAAGAAGCAGGAGAUUUUUCGUAAGUUGAACUCCUCUGGUGGAGGUGACUCUGAUAUGGCAGCUGCUCAACCAGGAACUGAGAUCUUUAAUCUGCCAGCAGUCACUACCUCAGGCUCAGUUAGCUCUAGAGGUCAUUCUUUCGCUGAUCCUGCCAGUAACCUCGGUUUGGAAGACAUCAUCAGGAAGGCGCUCAUGGGAAGCUUUGACGACAAAGUCGAGGAGCACGGAGUCGUCAUGUCCCAACCUGUCGGCGUGGUGCCCGGUGGCGCCAGCACCUCCGUUGUGCCCAGUGGGGAGACCCGCAGAGAGGAAGGGGACCCGUCACCUCAUUCAGGAGGAGUUUGCAAACCAAAGCUGAUCAGCAAGUCAAACAGCAGGAAAUCUAAAUCUCCCAUCCCUGGGCAAGGCUUCUUAGGAACUGAAAGGCCCUCUUCCGUCUCCUCUGUACAUUCAGAAGGGGAUUACCACAGGCAGACACCAGGGUGGGCCUGGGAAGACAGGCCCUCCUCAACAGGCUCGACUCAGUUUCCUUACAACCCUCUGACUAUGCGGAUGCUCAGCAGUACGCCACCGACCCCGAUCGCGUGUGCCCCGUCCUCCGUGAACCAAGCGGCUCCUCACCAGCAGAGCAGGAUCUGGGAGCGAGAGCCUGCCCCGCUGCUCUCUGCACAGUACGAGACGCUGUCGGAUAGCGAUGACUGAACCACGCCCAGAAGGGGUCUCGGUGGGGCCAGGGUGUGGGACAGGGAGCUCUCGUUUUUGGCGGUUUCAUUUUUAAUGGCAGGUCAAAAGCCUUUCGUCCUAGGACUUGUGCCCAGAGACUUUUUAAGAGAGCCUGGACCGCAGAUGAUGAAGAAAUGAUGG